GGAUAGUGAAAGACAAGAAGUUACUUCUCAAGAACAGUUACCAUUGUAAGGGAGAGAGAAGGUUCCAUCCUUUGAUGUUAGAAUGGCCAGAGUCUUCAUCUUCUAUCGUGUGUGUGUGUGUGUGUGUGUGUGUGUGUGUGUGUGUGUACGCGCGUGCGCACGCGCACUAUUUCAUAUGCACAGCGUAGGGGAACCACAUGUGGAGGUCAGAAUACAAUUUGACUGAGUUGGUUCUCUCCUUCCACCAUGCUGGUCGCACAGACUGUACUCAGGAUGUCAAGCUUGGCCACAGCACCUUACCAGAUGAGCCAUCUUGAAAGCCUAGUCUUCACCCUUUAGGUUUCUUUAAAUACAACAGAGAGUUCAGAACUUAAGGCACACGACUAGCCUGUAGUGCUGUCCUUGUUUGCUAACCGUUAAAUUUUACUUAUAUGCAUAUCUGGUUUUGUUUACUUUUUGUAAAUCUUUUCUAUAAUUAAACAGCAUGAAAUCUUUGAGAGUUUCCUUUGCAGCUGGUCAGUUCUACCACCCGUAUAGGGCACUGACACCCCAGAAUCGCAACUGACCCGUGACAUUUGAAAUAACAUUUAAAAAUACGUUUAUUUUUUACUUUAUUAACAUUUUGGACACUAAUUUUUUGGUCUUGUGAGACAGUGGCCGUCAGUGUAGCUCUAACUGUCCUGAAACUCACUCUGUAGAGCAGGCUGGCCUUGAACUCACAGAGAUCUGCUUGCCUCUGCCUCCUGUGUGCUGAGAUUAAAGGCGAGCACCCCUGACAUCCAGUUAGGCACUAAUUUUUGAGCAUCAGUGAUGUUAAGUAACGAUUCACAUAAACUUCUCUUUUGUGCGACUAGGAAGUCUAUGUUGCAGAAUUAAUCCACAGCAACGUGUUCCUUUUGAAUUUGCAGCUGUUGGCUUUAUUCCCUUCAUACUGACUUGAAGCCUGGGCCUAAUUAAGCACUAAGUAUUUAACUGGAGAAGAGGGUGGCUUUUCACAGCUUCCUUCCAGAGGCCCCAAGUCAGAUCAAGUAGAUCCACAAGUGUGGGCAGGGUCUAUCUUUAGGCAAACUCCGAGUCCGGGGUUCUCUCCACUGUUAGGCUAGACUAGACGAGCGUGCACUCCGAGGUGCGCACGUGGAGCGCAGGGAGCCAUUUAAACUAGCGAAUCCGCGUUCUCUGUGCUGACCCGGUAGACGCUCCGGAGCCCCGACUGUCCUCUUUCCCUCUGGGCGGCCGCCCGGGCGAGCCUCUUCCCCAGAGGGUCGAGGGCACAGUUGGGGCAGUGUGGCGGGCGGGCCCCGCGUUUCCUGUGACAGCGCGGCCCAGCCGCUCCCUCCCGCCGUGGCGGGACCAUUUCCUGAGCGUCCGGGCAGAGGCGGCCGGCGCGGCGCUACCAUCAGCGCAGGGACGCGGGGGUGCGGCCGGUGAGCGCGUGAGGGCAGCGGGGCGGACCGCGGCGGGACCGGGGGCUCGAGCCGCACCGGCAGCAGUGAGCGUCUUACACUCCUUGCUGGGAGCUGCGGCUCAGCGUUAAGGCCAAGCCGGCCAGCGAGGGACGCGGCCCGGGAGCAUCCUCCCCCCACCGCGCGCCCUAAGGUGGAACUGCCCGGAGGCGGGCGUCGGGCCCCCAGCUCCGCGGGCCCUGGAGCGCUCGGGACUCGCUGAUCGCGGGCUCGGCGGCAACAUGUCUGUGGCGUUCGCAGCCCCGAGGCAGCGGGGCAAGGGCGAAAUCACGCCCGCCGCCAUCCAGAAGAUGCUGGAUGAAAACAACCAUCUUAUUCAGUGUAUAAUGGACUAUCAGAACAAAGGGAAGGCCUCGGAGUGCUCGCAGUAUCAGCAGAUAUUGCAUACAAACCUGGUAUACCUUGCUACAAUAGCAGACUCUAAUCAAAAUAUGCAGUCUCUCUUACCAGCACCGCCCACACAGACUAUGCCAAUGGGUCCUGGAGGGAUGAGUCAGAGUGGCCCUCCACCCCCUCCCCGCUCUCACAACAUGCCUUCAGAUGGAAUGGUGGGUGGGGGCCCUCCUGCACCACACAUGCAGAACCAGAUGAACGGCCAGAUGCCUGGGCCUAACCAUAUGCCAAUGCAGGGACCUGGACCCAGUCAGCUCAGCAUGACAAACAGCUCCAUGAAUAUGCCUUCAAGUAGCCAUGGCUCCAUGGGAGGUUACAACCAUUCUGUGCCGUCAUCCCAGAGCAUGCCCGUGCAGAACCAGAUGACAAUGAGUCAGGGGCAGCCAAUGGGAAACUAUGGUCCCAGACCAAACAUGAAUAUGCAACCAAAUCAAGGGCCGAUGAUGCACCAGCAGCCUCCUUCUCAGCAGUACAAUAUGCCACCUGGAGGGGCACAGCAUUACCAAGGACAGCAGGCGCCCAUGGGGCUGAUGGGCCAAGUUAACCAAGGCAGUCACAUGAUGGGCCAGCGACAGAUGCCUCCCUACAGACCUCCGCAACAGGGAAACUCCCAGUAUGGCCAACAGCAAGACGCUUACCAGGGACCACCUCCACAGCAAGGAUACCCACCCCAGCAGCAGCAGUACCCGGGACAGCAGGGAUACCCAGGGCAGCAGCAGAGCUAUGGUCCUUCGCAGGGCGGUCCAGGUCCUCAGUAUCCUAAUUAUCCUCAGGGUCAAGGUCAGCAGUAUGGGGGCUAUAGACCAACACAGCCAGGACCACCCCAGCCACCCCAGCAGAGGCCUUAUGGGUACGACCAGGGACAGUAUGGAAAUUACCAGCAGUGAAAAUGUCCUUACAUUCCAAUAGCCAGUACCUAUUAGCAGGCACGUUGUCACAGCACUGCACCAUGGACACCCCCCUGGGAAGACUCCUUCCAUUCCAGCUAGGUUUUUGGGAAAACCUUUGGCUAAGUGGCUGCUUCGUCAGCAAGUAGCUGUUAUGGUUUAGUUUGUAAAGGCUUCGUAGCUACCGAUGCACCUGAUUUCACGUUUCUACUCUAGAUGGCAACAUUGGACAGAAAAUGCAUUGACGUGAGGAGUUUGCAGCGGUUUCAGAACUGUGCUGCAAAUGGACUGUCACAGCCUGAAAGGUGUGAGCAGCUGGGUGUGUGUUCGCGGAGCUUCAGGGGGUUUCAUACUUUUCCACCGAUUAUUUUGUAAGGGGAAGGGGGAAAUGUACACUUUUUACAGCAGCAAUAUUUUGUCUAUUAUGUUUAUUUCAUGUGAUAAAUAUGCAAAGCGGUACACUACACACUGGGCAGAAUCAGAACCCCUGUUAAUGUGGAGUGUGGUAGAUGCUCGGUGCUGUGGUGCUCUGAAGACAGGCGAGGGGAGGCAGAAGCCCACCACAGGCCCGCUGUUAGUUCUUAGAGGAAACUCCUCUCUCUCUUAUCUACCAGAUUAGCAAGGGCGCUGUGAUACAGUUUUUUGAGUACAAAGACAUUUUUUAAAAAGCCUUCCAGUUUUGUGCAUUAAAACCUUUUUGUAAAUAUGGUUUAUAAUACUGUUUUCAAACGCAAGGCAAUAAUUAUGUUGCAUCUGUGAACUUUGGCAGGUUUGUGUAAAAGGAGGGAAGCCUCUCUUAAAACAGCAAUAACAGAAAAGGAGGAAGCGGGAUGUUUUUACCUUGUCUUGUAAUCAGGGAGCUCUCACCACGUCAGAGAGGAGGCAGCAUUGGUCUCACCUUACUGUUUUUUACAUUACCAUGAUUGGUUCAUGGAGCAGGGAGGAGUCCACGAGACUUCACACGCUUGUGCUUUAACUUUCUUAACUGGGCACAAGCAAAGGGCGCCUUCGUGUUCCUCUCUUCAUCUUAGUUAAUGCGCGAGGAAAAUGCUUUGAUGGCCAUUUCUCAUUCGCACUGAAAGCCGAGAGGUGACAUUUUACGGUUUCUUGUUUUUAAGCACGACAUACUUAAUCAUUAUUUGAGACUGAUUAUUUUAGCUAAAUUUGGGGAUAUGCCAUGGGGCAAGAAAACAUGUACUGAGAGAUUUCUAAACACAUCUAUUUAAGCAUACUUUAAAAAUAUCUAGCCCAAAGGUAAGUUGCUGUAUCCUCACAGUUGUCUGCAUCCAGGGAAUAUGACUGAAUAUAACAUAUCUUUGUAAUUGAAUUAGUUUUUGCCACUUCUAACUGAAAACAGAACAGAAGGAGUGCCAUAAAUGCAAAGAAGCAAAGUGUACUGUUGUCAACAUACUGUAAUCAGAGGAGGGGUUUCAAUGUGUCUGGAUGAGAGUGUGUGUGUUUAAGGUCAGAGUAUAGGGUGUUCUUCAACUUGGACAGUAGAAAAUAGGCAUCAAGUGUGAACCGGUGAGGCGUGGACAGCCUUCUUGUGACUGAGAUGCUUGUAAGUUCUGUGCCAGGUUCUCCACCACUGUGUACUUUAUUGCUAUUUAAAACUGUAUCAACUCUAACGAAAGAAUAAAUUAUUUGUGAUUUUAA